CAAAUAAAUAUGGAAAAUAGUUUUGAAAGCCGGGAAGAAAUCACAAAUCCCCAGUCCCCACAGCUUUGCUUACGGGAGUUAUAACGUCGGAUACAAGUCUGUCCAUCGACUCAGCUGCAGAGAGAGAGAGAGAGAGAGAGAGAGAGAUCUUACGGGGUGUGAAUUUCUUUUUUUUUUUAUUCUGCAUCCGAUUUCAAAGGUGGGGUCGAGUUGUGUUGUGUGCUUGUGUUUGUGAGAUGAAUUCUUGAGAAGAAGAAGCGGAAUUUGGGAGAAGAAACAAAGGGACUGGACGAAGAUGCGUCGAGAGAUCUCGGUUUUGGCACAACCCAGGUGCCUUCUUCUCUUGAUUGCCCUAACGAUUUUCCUCGUUUUCGCCCUCACCAACUCUGGAAAGGAAGAGGAGAAGCAGGUAGAUGAAGAUUAUGACAUCACCCAUAGAGUAUAUCUAGAUGUUGAUAUUGAAGGCCAGCGAAUAGGCAGGAUGAUUAUUGGGCUAUACGGAGCAGUAGUACCCAAAACCGUAGAAAACUUCAGGGCUUUAUGCACAGGGGAGAAGGGCAAUACUUCGAGUGGGAAGCCACUCCACUACAAAGGAACCCCGUUUCAUCGUAUAAUUUCCGGUUUUGUAAUCCAAGGAGGAGAUGUUAUCCAUGGUGAUGGGAAAGGGAGUGAGUCCAUUUAUGGCGGUAUCUUUCCUGAUGAAAACUUUAAGAUAAAGCAUAGACAUGCAGGUGCUGUAGCGAUGGUUAAUUCAGGACCCGAUUCUAAUGGCUCGCAGUUCUUUAUCACUACCGUCAAGGCCUAUUGGUUGGACGGGGAACACGUGGUUUUCGGGAAGGUCAUUCAAGGAAUGGACACCGUGUUUGCCAUUGAAGGAGGAGCAGGAACUUACAGCGGCAAACCCCGGAAGAAAGUUGUGAUUGCUGAUUCUGGAGAGAUUCCAAAGGACAAAUGGGACGAGGAGAGGUGAUGAUCCAGGCACUUCCCCAAACUCUGUUUUGUUCUUGUGAUUCUCUUAGUUUUACCGGACGAUCAAACGCUCGGGUUAUGGUCGGAAUCUGAAUCCGAAUCCGAAUCUGAAUGUAGUUAGUGUUAAAGGCUGUUCAUGGAAAUAUCCCAAGCUCUUUCAGUUGAAUGUUUCUUCCCGGGGGAUUCAGUUGAGUACAAGGCUUCUUUUGAUGUUCAAUCUUAGUUCCUUUUUGUUC